UGACGACUAGCACCUGCACCGGAAGUGCCUGUGCUGCCGAUGUGGGACCUACUGACUGCGGUUUCUGUAGUUCUCCCUCGUUUCCUCUGCUGGCCAUUUGCAUCUCACUAUGGCGCCUAAAGGUAAAGUGGGCACAAGAGGGAAGAAGCAGAUAUUUGAAGAGAACAGAGAGACCCUGAAGUUCUACCUGCGAAUCAUAUUGGGAGCCAAUGCCAUUUACUGUCUUGUGACCUUGGUCAUCUUCUACUCAUCUGCCUCAUUUUGGGCCUGGAUGGCCUUGGUCUUCAGUCUGGUAGUAUAUGGGGCCAGCUAUCACUCUAUGAGCUCCAUGGCACGGGCAUCCUUCUCAGAGGAUGGGGCUUUGAUGGAUGGUGGCAUGGACCUGAACAUGGAGCAGGGCAUGGCAGAGCACCUUAAGGAUGUGAUCCUACUGACAGCCAUUGUGCAGGUGCUCAGCUGCUUCUCCCUCUACAUCUGGUCCUUCUGGCUUUUGGCUCCAGGCCGGGCUCUUUAUCUCCUCUGGGUGAAUGUGCUGGGCCCCUGGUUCACGGCAGACAGUACUACUCCAGCACCAGAACACAAUGAGAAACGACAGCGCCGACAGGAGCGGCGGCAGAUGAAACGGUUAUAGGCACUGACAUUGUGGCCACAGGCUGUUGUGUUCUGGGGUCUGGCUUCUAUUCCAGGAGCAAUGAGGGCCUAGUCCAGCAGCUACAGGCAAUUGAGGUAUAGAAUUGCUGAAUAAAUGACUUAUAAUGUGA